UGCGCUUGACAGCUCUUCUAUUCUUGAGCCUCCUGUGGAUGGAUGUGAGUUCUGCCGUGGAAGUGUGCAAGGUUGUCGACCUGCAGCUCGUUACACAGACGGGGGAAUUCUUUCUAGCUGUUUCUUUCCUCAUCAUGGGCGUAACAACGGUGGCAUUUGUUUUGAUGGCCUUCAAAGCAGCCCAUGAAAAACGCAAGUUCUACUUCAUCAUGUGCUAUGUAACAGCCAUUUCAACAUUUGCAUAUUAUGCUAUGUUGAGCGGACAAGGAUGGUUGAUCACUCCAAACUGUCGUCAGUUGUUCUACGUCAGAUACGUCGAUUGGUUCUUCACGACAUCUUUGAUCUUUCUGAAUUUGGGUUUGAUCGUCGGUGCAGAUACUGGUUUGAACAUUGCUAUUAUCGCAGCGGAUAUGCUUAUGAUCUUCGGUGGAUUCAUGGCUUCUAUUUCUUCUGGGCACAUCAAAUGGCUUUGGUUCUCUCUGUCGCUGUUGAUUUUCGCUCCUCUGGUCUACACCAUGCUCAGGGGAUAUCGAGCUUUGGUCGACAGAAGUAAUCCUUCUGUGGUUGAGAUGUACAGCAAAGUGGCUUGGAUUGCAGCGAUCACUUGGGGAUUGUAUCCGUUGGUAUUCAUUUUCUCAGAGGGCACUGGAGACUGGUCUCCAAACUUUGAGAUCAUGAUCUAUGCUGUUCUUGACAUCAUGUCCAAAGUGGUGUUUGGAUUCGUUCUGUUGUUGAGCCAUGACGGCUUGGAUCGAAUCACAAACUUUAAGUCUUUUGCGCCAAUCAGAGAGGCUCCUAGCUAUGGAACACAGAUGACGAAAGCUCCCGUUGAAUCUUACAUCUGAGCAAGGCGUUGCAACGUUGUGUUUGUAGAUAGCAGUUAUGGGCAUUU